UUUUAAAUGUCAAAGUCAUUAUCAAAACGCCUGAAACAAUGUCAUAGUUUUAUCAAAAAAUAAACCGUGUUUAUCAAUAUUUUACUGUGAGAAUAUUGCAAUAACCAUGCCGAAACCAAAAGUUGAAGUUCGCGAUAUUUCACUGGGUCUACAAAUAGUUAGAAAUUUUCUUUUAGGCAGGAACUUUACUAAAGCUUUGCGGUUCCAGCCAAUGUUGGCGGCCAGGACCCAGCCUCAACCAGAGCUUCCCGAUGGAGUUACACACAAACACGCUCACAACUAUUACUACACACGUGAUGGCAGGAGAGAGGUGGCACCACCUCUGGACCUUACACAACAACUACUAACUGAUGGUGCUGAAAGGGGAGAACCUAAAACUGCAUCAGUAAAAGUUCCAAGGCCCGGAAAUGUUCAUCUUUGGGAUCGGCAUUACUACAAUAAUUAAUUCAAGAAGUCUGUGCUUACUUUAAAAAUAUAGAUUCUAUUAAAUAGUC